AUGUUUCUAAGUCUUCUUGAAACCUGUAUUCGCUCAAGGAAUCUGGUCUUAGGUCAGGUCAUUCAUCAGCAUCUUCUUAAACGCUCUCUUACGUUAAGUUCCUCUACAGUGCUCGUCAAUUUAACACGUCUUUACGCAUCAUGCAAUGAAGUGGAACUUGCACGCCAUGUGUUCGAUGAAAUUCCUCAUCCAAGGAUCAAUCCUAUUGCUUGGGAUUUGAUGAUCAGAGCCUAUGCUUCGAAUGAUUUCGCGGAAAAAGCUUUGGAUUUGUACUACAAGAUGCUGAAUUCUGGUGUUAGACCCACGAAAUAUACGUACCCGUUUGUUUUGAAAGCAUGUGCUGGUCUUCGAGCAAUUGACGAUGGUAAGCUGAUACAUAGUCAUGUGAAUUGUAGCGACUUUGCAACUGAUAUGUAUGUAUGUACUGCUCUGGUUGAUUUCUAUGCUAAGUGUGGGGAACUUGAGAUGGCUAUAAAGGUGUUCGACGAAAUGCCUAAGAGAGAUAUGGUUGCUUGGAAUGCUAUGAUUUCUGGGUUUUCUUUACAUUGCUGUUUAACUGAUGUCAUUGGAUUGUUUUUGGAUAUGCGUAGAAUCGAUGGUCUGAGUCCUAAUCUAUCCACCAUCGUUGGGAUGUUUCCUGCACUAGGAAGGGCUGGUGCAUUGAGGGAAGGGAAAGCUGUUCAUGGGUAUUGCACAAGAAUGGGUUUUAGCAAUGAUUUAGUUGUUAAGACUGGGAUCUUGGAUGUAUAUGCCAAGAGCAAGUGCAUUAUCUAUGCGAGAAGAGUUUUCGAUUUAGACUUUAAGAAGAAUGAGGUAACCUGGAGUGCUAUGAUUGGAGGCUACGUAGAAAACGAAAUGAUAAAGGAAGCUGGAGAAGUGUUUUUUCAGAUGUUGGUUAAUGAUAAUGUGGCAAUGGUGACGCCAGUUGCCAUUGGGCUUAUUCUGAUGGGUUGUGCAAGGUUUGGAGAUCUAAGUGGAGGGCGAUGUGUACAUUGUUACGCGGUUAAAGCAGGCUUCAUCUUAGACUUAACUGUUCAAAACACCAUAAUUUCAUUUUAUGCUAAGUAUGGAAGCUUAUGUGAUGCUUUUAGGCAGUUUAGUGAGAUUGGCUUGAAAGAUGUUAUUUCAUAUAAUUCUCUCAUCACUGGGUGUGUAGUGAACUGUCGCCCAGAAGAGAGUUUUCGUCUAUUUCAUGAGAUGAGAACAUCUGGAAUUCGUCCUGAUAUUACAACAUUGCUUGGUGUCUUAACCGCUUGCUCUCACUUGGCUGCUUUGGGACACGGUUCUAGUUGCCACGGGUAUUGUGUUGUUCAUGGCUAUGCAGUUAACACAAGCAUUUGUAAUGCACUGAUGGAUAUGUACACAAAGUGUGGAAAACUUGAUGUAGCCAAGAGAGUUUUCGACACAAUGCAUAAGCGGGAUAUAGUUUCGUGGAACACAAUGCUGUUCGGAUUCGGAAUUCAUGGUCUUGGCAAAGAAGCUCUUUCUCUGUUCAACAGUAUGCAGGAAACAGGUGUGAACCCAGACGAGGUGACUCUUCUUGCUAUUUUGUCUGCUUGUAGCCAUUCAGGACUAGUGGAUGAAGGGAAACAACUGUUCAACUCCAUGUCUCGAGGAGAUUUCAACGUCAUCCCAAGAAUAGACCAUUACAAUUGCAUGACUGAUCUUCUAGCCCGUGCCGGAUACUUGGAUGAAGCUUAUGAUUUUGUAAACAAGAUGCCAUUUGAGCCCGAUAUUCGCGUGUUGGGUACACUUCUCUCUGCUUGUUGGACGUACAAGAAUGCGGAACUUGGGAAUGAAGUGUCGAAAAAGAUGCAGAGUCUUGGUGAAACAACAGAAAGCUUAGUUCUUCUAUCCAACACCUACUCAGCUGCUGAGAGAUGGGAAGAUGCAGCUAGAAUUAGAAUGAUACAGAAGAAAAGAGGGCUUCUCAAGACUCCGGGUUAUAGCUGGGUCGAUGUUUGAUUAAUGAUAUGAAAUUAGGGUUUUGCAGUGGAAGAGAAAAACGUAAUCGAGAAGGCAAAGAGAAUUGCUUACUCUGUUUUCAGCUUCCUACUUGAAAUCACAGCCGUUAAAAACAAUUUAACUCCUGAAAUCAGAUAAGGACCGUUGGAUUAGUAU